UGCUCAUAUGAUCAAUCAGCGGCGCUAUGGCGGAAGCAGAGAAGGAGCCCAAGAGUAAUGAAGAAUCUACAGAUGAGUCCGAAGAGGAUGACAGUGAAGCAGAGCCCAAGCUGAAGUACGAAAGGCUUUCUAACGGGGUUACAGAAAUUCUCCAAAAGGACGUAGCCAGUUGCAUGACAGUUCAUGAGAAGUUUUUGGCACUUGGGACGCAUUAUGGCAAGGUUUAUUUACUUGACGUGCAGGGGAACAUCACCCAAAAGUUUGAUAUUAGCCCAGUGAAGAUCAAUCAGGUCAGCCUGGACGAAAGUGGAGAACACAUGGGUGUGUGCUCGGAAGAUGGCAAGGUGCAGGUGUUUGGAUUGUACACGGGCGAAGAAUUCCAUGAAACAUUUGACUGCCCAAUUAAAAUUGUUGCUGUUCACCCUCAGUUUGUGAGAUCGCAUUACAAACAAUUUGUAACAGGAGGAAACAAGCUACUGUUAUAUGAAAAGACCUGGAUGAACAGAUGGAAGCCUUCCAUUUUACAUGAAGGAGAGGGAACUAUAAGGAAUGUUAAGUGGAAAGGAAACCUGAUUGCUUGGGCUAAUAACAUGGGCGUGAAGAUACUCGACGUGAUCACGAAGCAAAGAAUCACCAACGUGCCCCGAGACGAUAUAAGCCUUCGUCCUGAUAUGUAUCCUUGCAGCCUUUGCUGGAAAGAUAAUUUAACACUGAUUAUUGGCUGGGGAAAUUCAGUAAAGAUCUGCUAUGUAAAAGAACGGCAUGCCAGCGAAAUGCGAGAUCUGCCCAGUCGUUACGUGGAAAUAGUUUCCCAGUUCAACACCGAAUUUCACAUCAGCGGGGUCGCACCUCUCUGUGAUCAGCUUGUUGUGCUUUCCUACGUAAAGGAAGUUUUGGAGAAAACGGAAACAGAGUACUGUGCCAGACCUCGGCUGGAUAUAAUUCAGCCGUUUCCCGAGUCCUGUGAAGAAAUUUCUUCGGAUGCACUAACCGUUAGAGGCUACCAGGAAAACGAAUGCCGAGACUAUCGUUUGGAAUAUUCAGAAGGCGAAUCGCUUUUUUACAUCAUCAGCCCGAGAGAUGUCGUUGUGGCCAAAGAACGAGAUCAAGAUGACCAUAUUGAGUGGCUCCUAGAGAAGAAGAAAUAUGAAGAGGCGUUGAUGGCAGCUGAGAUCAGUCAGAAGACCAUGAAAAAGCACAAGAUGCAAGACAUAGGCUUAGCCUACAUAGAACAUCUACUGAAAAUUGGAGAAUAUGAUCUUGCGGCACGAAAAUGCCAGAAAAUACUUGGGAAAAACACAGAUCUCUGGGAAUUUGAAGUGCACAGGUUUAAAGAAAUUGGACAACUUAAGGCAAUUAGCCGCUACUUGCCAAGACACGAUUCCAUCUUGAAGCCUUUCAUUUAUGAAAUGGUCUUACAUGAAUUCCUGGAGAGCAACUAUGAGGGUUUUGCAACACUAAUAAAGGAAUGGCCCGGGAACCUCUACAACAACACAAUAAUUGUCCAAGCAGUAGUCGAUCGCUUGAAGAAAGAUCCCCAGAACACCACUUUGCUGAGGACGCUUGCCGAGUUGUACACCUAUGACCAACGCUAUGGAAAGGCCCUUGAAAUUUACCUCACACUGAGACAUAAAGAUGUUUUCCAGCUGAUCCACAAACACAAUCUUUUCAGCUCCAUCAGGGACAAAAUUGUUCUGCUAAUGGAGUUUGAUUCAGAGAAAGCAGUUGACAUGCUAUUGGAUAAUGAAGAUAAAAUUUCUAUUGACAAAGUUGUGGAAGAACUGACAAACAGGCCUGAAUUGCAACAUGUGUAUUUGCAUAAACUUUUCAAGAGGGACCACCAUAAAGGGCAAAAAUUCCACGAGAAACAGAUCAGUCUCUACGCUGAAUACGACAGACCAAACUUGCUUCCAUUUCUCAGAGACAGCACUCACUGCCCUUUGGAAAAGGCUCUUGAAAUCUGCCAGCAAAGAAACUUUGUGGAAGAAACAGUUUAUCUUUUAAGCAGAAUGGGCAACAGCCGGAGUGCCCUGAAGAUGAUAAUGGAGGAACUGAAUGAUGUCGACAAGGCUAUUGAGUUUGCCAAGGAGCAAGACGAUGCAGAACUUUGGGAAGACCUCAUCUUGUAUUCCAUCGACAAACCACCGUUUAUUACCGGCUUGUUAAAUAACAUUGGGACACACGUGGAUCCUAUCCUCCUGAUCCAUCGUAUAAAAGAAGGCAUGGAGAUUCCAAAUCUAAGGGACUCCUUGGUCAAAAUUCUCCAGGAUUACAAUUUACAGAUCUUGCUGCGGGAGGGAUGCAAGAAGAUCCUCGUAGCUGACUCGCUGUCCUUGCUGAAAAAGAUGCACCGCACGCAGAAGAGAGGAGUCCUUGUGGAUGAGGAGAGUAUCUGUGAGGCAUGUCUUUCCCCUAUACUGCCUACAAAUGCGUCUGAAGCCUUCCGCGUCACCGUGUUUCACUGCAGGCACAUGUUCCACAAAGAGUGUAUUCCUGAACCCAACACAAUCUCGUCGGUAAAGUUCUGUAACAUCUGCAGUGCUAAGCACCGAGGGCCUGGCAGCGCCAUCCUGGAGAUGAAAAAAUGACCUUCCCUGGCAUGCCAAG